CCCCCACCCCCCACCCCCGUGGUGCCUCGACUUCCAGGGCCGCGGGUUUCACAACCUCGCUCCGUAUCUCUGAGACUCUCCAGCCGCUGCUCACCGUGCCCCCCAAAUAUGACGUGUUGAGUCAAGACGAACUACGCACAAAGCUAUACCAGACCUUCAAGGGCCGAGGUAUCCUGGACUCCCUCAAGAUGGAAACAAAAGAAAUUUAUGCUCAAAUACAGCUUCUACUGAAAGAUAUCGAUUUCCUAAGAGUCAGAGAAGCAGAACUGAAGCGAAGAAUUGAAGCUUUUGAUUUGUAUCAACUUGAGCUAAAGGAUGACUACAUCGAUAGAUCUCACAGACUGGGUGAAGAGGACAGGAAGAAUAAAGAAAAAGCUAUUCUUUUGCAAGAGCAGCCCAUGGCUACCAAUUUAAAACAGGAAGGAGAAUGCAAUCGUUCUGCAACUCGUGUGAAAGAACUUGAGCUUGAACUCGAAUCUCUCAAGGCCCAGUUCUUGGCAAUAACCAAGCAAAACCACCUGCUGAAUGAAGAGAUGAAAAAGAUGAGUGGCUAUUCGCUUCUAAAAGAAGAGAAAUUAGAGCUUCAGGCUCAAAAUAAAUUACUUAAACAACAACUGGAAGAGAGCAGAAAUGAAAACUUUCAUCUUUUAAACCUUAUAGCUCAGCCAUCUCCUGAACUGGUAAAUUUGCAGAAACAGUUGAAGAAAGCAGGAGCUGCUAUCGUGUUAGGGCAUAAGAAGUUUGAAACUCACAAAGAGGCUCUGCACAGACAGCUGCAAAGUGAAAUUGAGCAUUCUGCAAAGCUGAAGGCCCAGAUAUUGGAUCAUGAUGCUUCUAUAAAGAGGUUAACUGUGCAGGUGGCUGAUUUAAAAUUGCAACUGAAGCAAACUCAGACAGGUCUGGACCAAUCCCAGUCCUUUGCUUUUCCCAGUCCUUGUCCUGAAAGAAUGCUCCAGCCUUCAGCAACUGAAUCUAGGCACAGCCUUUCCAUCCAUUCACUCUCAAGCCUUCUGGAGCAGAAAGCCAAUCUUUAUCAAAGACAAACUGAAGUUCAAGACAGAAAUGAAUUUUCAAAUGUGGAUGAACUAUCUUUUAAGGAUAAUGAGGAAUUUGGAUCAUCUUUUGAACGUAAGUUUAAAUAUGCAGCGGACAUGCCGAUACAGUUUGAAGUGAAUGGCCUCCAUCCUGCUGGUGACAUGCCUCCCUUGGAAACUGCCUUGGGUGCUCCUCCUGCCAGACCUAUCUGCUCUCAGCACCCAAGUGCAGAUGAGAAAGAAGUUAGAGAAGAGAGUGAAGAAGAAAGAAUAUGGAACCUGCUGAAAGAACACAAGCUGAGAGAAGAAAGAAGGCAGAAUGAACAGAAAGCUUUGGAAAGAGAACGGAGAAAACUAGAAAAACUGCAUCGAGAAAAGCAGAUUAUUGAAGAGUCUUUCAAGACUGAAAUGGAGAAAGAAUUAGAAGUGAGUGCUCAGGAAAUGAAGGACAAAUCUGUUUGUGGUGAAUAUGCUUUAAAGAAAUACAUGCAUAUCACCCAGAAGGACCAAGACCUGAAGAAGGUGGAUAAGGUACUGAUGCUAUGGACCAAGUGGUCUGUAUGUGAGGAUGUGAGGGCUUCUGUGGUUUGUUAGAAAACCUUGGGACAGGAGUUGGAGACAAAAGGUAACAGCAGAGGAAAUCCAAAAUUCAAAUGGAGCCUCAAGUCGUAUGUAUAUUACA